CGGCGUUAUCGCGCGGCGUGGAUCUACCUACAUAUUUCACCGUGAUACGUAUAAAAUGUCACCGUGAACGAGAUUUUUGGCUCUUUGUUGAACGUACACCGCCGUGAUACCGUCGAUGAUGGAUCGACGACGCCGACGGAUCUACGUCACGACGAUUGUUCUGUAUUGCUGCAUCUCGUUGGCGAAUCCGACGUUCGUCAAGCCCGAUGAUAAUCCCGACAUCGAACUCACGACGCCAGAACUGGUGACGAAAUAUGGAUAUCCUUUGGAGAUUCACAGUAUCGUUACGAAGGACGGUUAUGCUCUUGAACUACAUCGAAUACCGCGCAGCCAGGAUGAGGAGGAAACGAAAUUCAGGAUAAAAACGCCGAUACUCUUGAUGCACGGUCUAGGAGGCAGCUCCGCCGAUUGGGUCCUUAUGGGUCCUGGAAUGUCUUUAGCGUACAUAUUAGCCGAUGAGGGUUACGAUGUGUGGCUUGGAAACAAUAGGGGCAACAUUUAUUCGAGAAAUCACACCUGGUUGUCGCCGACCGAUCGAGAUUUCUGGGAUUUUAGUUAUCAUGAAUUUGGUAUCUACGAUCUUCCCGCAAUGAUCGAUUACAUUUUGCACACUACAGAAUACGAGAAGAUCUAUUAUGUCGGACAUUCGGAAGGUACUACGCAGUUCUGGGUGAUGGCAUCGGAAAAGUCCGAAUACAAUUCGAAGAUUAUUCUGAUGAUCGGUCUAGCACCUGCAGCUUUCAUUGGCAAUAUUCGCGGACCUGUCCGGAAACUCGCCAAGUUGACGUAUUUCGGCGUGUGGGUCGGCGAAACUUUUGGCUAUCCGGAAUUCCGUUCACGGUCCGAUUGGGCAAAAUUCGUAUCGAAUCUAUUCUGCCAGAGAGCAGCGUCCACGCAAUUCAUUUGCAGCAAUAUCCUGUUUCUGGUCGCAGGAUUCAGUCGUGCGGAAUUAAAUACAGACUAUCUGACAGUCAUCAUAGGUCAUGUGCCCGCAGGAGCUUCCUGGAAACAACUCGUGCAUUAUGGUCAAGGAUAUAUUAAUACAGGACGCUUUAGACAAUACGAUUACGGUAACGUCGACAAAAAUCUUCAAAUAUAUAAUUCAACGACACCGCCGGAUUACCAAUUGGAAAAGAUCACUGCGCCAAUUGCUCUUUUUAGUAGCGAUGAUGAUUGGCUAGCAACUACGAAGGAUGUGGAUCUCUUGGCUACGAAGCUCAACAGCCUCAUGUUUCAUUAUAAGACUCCUAUUAACACCACCUGUAAUCAUUAUGACUUUAUAUGGGGGAAGUCUUCUGUGCAAAUGGUGUCACGGCCUAUACUGCAAUUGUUAGCUCAAUAUCAAUAACGAUAUUUUUUCUGGGCUAAAAAAAGGAUACCCUUUUCCGACAGAAAGUUACGAGUGCAUAUAAUGAAUCGUCUAAUUUAUUGUUGUUAUAUUAUUAGUAUCAUCAUCAUAUAAUACGUUGCGUUUACAUAUAUAGUCCAUAAUUAUUAAAUUUCACUUCCGCCGCGUCAGAUUGCAUAGCGCUGCAUCAAAUUCACUGCAUCACUAACGUAAAACAUAACUUCGCUUAUAUAUCUUCUCUCGAUUAUAAUGUCGCUCUAUAUACAUUUAUACAAAUUCCAUCGUAAUCAAUCUGCGAUCACUGCGUAAGAAACUACAUUCGCGAUUACAAUUCGUCGCGAUUGCAUCCGGCCGCCGAUAUAAUUAUAAACUUACAUUCCUUUAAUCGCACUUGAGCAUCGCCCGGAGAAGAUACCUUCUCCACUUCGAAAAUUGUCCUUUCAAAGCGCAGCGUGUUCUGGAAUAAACAGACACCGAAAAGAAUUUCGCUUCUCGCGGCUGAUGCUUUUAAGCGAUCGAUCCUGAUUUAUCCCAAUAUACACUGUAAUUAGAGUUAUAUGUAACCUACGCUAACUUACACUUUAAUCGUUUAGCAUAACUUUUUAAUGUUACCCAUGCGGGAAUAUGAAUGAGCCAGUUCGCGAGUGUCAGGAUCAAAUACGAGAUGGAUAACUUUGGAUGACUAAGAAUCGCCUUGAUACAUCAUGCGGAGAAAUUUAAAUAAAACUUAAAGUUUAUUUUAAUUGAAAUUAAUUCAAUCUGUUUCUUACUUUAAUUCCAUGGCAUGUGGAUCGGAAUGAAAAAUAAAUCGGUCACACAAAUUGAAAAUUGCUCGCAGAACUGGCCUUAUAACGUAGGUAUAAUAAUGUACAUAGUUGUAUGUCGCAUGAUAUGUAUUAGUUUACGUUAGAAUAGGUCGGAUGGAUAGAUCGGGAAGUUUCCCGCGUGAUUCGUAUGAAAAUUUAUGAAUCGCCUCCGAUCGCAACGAAGCCCUCAUUUAUCACGGUUGCGAAUAAACAGGACUUCAUCGCGUCGAUGCACGCACAUCGUUACGCCUGCAUGAUUGUAUGCCGAUGAAAAAUUGCGCAUAAAUCAUAAUCGAUACUUGAGCUCAUGUGUUGGCCACUUCGAGGUUUACCUAAAACGAUAUCUAUUUUUCGCAAUAAAAACACACCUGAUUACAAUUUAAUUUCUAUAAAAUUCGACAUAAAUCUCCAAUAAUCACAAUAUCGAUUUGACAAUACAAUUCCUCUGAGAGAAUUCCUCACCUCAAGCGUUACAAUAAUUAUAAUUUGACAUUUUUAUUUUAACGAGAUAAUCUGGCGAUAUAAAAGAAUUUGCAAACAUCAAGAAUACAUAUCAAUAUAGAUACAAUAUAGAUACAAUAUAAUUUAACUAACAUGCAUCUCUUUUCCACCACCACGCGAAACUAAUAUAUCCUUAAUUAAAAAGGAAGAUAUAAAUUAUAUUUGUAUGAGAAGCAGAAAGGAAAAAGCUUUCGAAAUCUUUUUAUUGGAUUUACGUUGCUUUUAUUUUUUAUCUUGCUAGCAAAUUCUUUUUAUCAGACAUCGUGUUUUCAGAAUGAAAUAAAAAUAUUGGAUCAUUGAUAUACAAAAAGGCAAAAGUCAAAAGAUAUUGUUUUAAAAAAAUAGGAUGGGAUAAAGUAUUUUUCAUAAAAAAUUAUAUUUCUCUUUGCACAUACGAGAAACAAGUUAAGCAAAAACCGCGUUCGUGGUGGAGCGAGAGGUAACUGAUUAAUUCCUUUGCACGUAAGGAUUGUUUUAUUCGUAACACUUUAAAGGAACAGAAUCACAUAUCUUCGUCAUUCUUCGUGAAGAUAUUAAUCGCGGCUACAAAUCAUGGGAUGGGUAGCCUGUCAUGUGUUCGCAUGAUGCACACAGGAGGAUGCACUCGAGAGAAGCAAUUUAAUUCCCGUUUGGAAAACACAAGUCAAGCUUUAUAAAAAUACUAUCAACAGCAA